AUGGCACUGACUCAGGGCACGAAGCGAAAAGUCUGUUACUACUACGACGGGGAUGUCGGAAAUUACUAUUAUGGUCAGGGCCACCCAAUGAAACCCCAUCAAAUCCAAAUGACUCACAACUUGCUACUAAACUAUGGACUCUACCGGAAGAUGGAAAUAUAUAGGCCCCACAAAGCCCAUGCUGAUGAGAUGACAAAGUACCACAGCGAUGACUACAUUAAGUUUUUGCGCUCAAUCCAUCCUGAUAACAUGUCGGAGUAUAGCAAACAAAUGCAGAGAUUUAAUGUUGGUGAAGACUGCCCAGUGUUUGAUGGCUUGUUUGAGUUCUGUCAAUUAUCCACCAGCGGAUCUGUUGCAAGUGCGGUGAAGCUUAAUAAACAGCAGACGGAUAUUGCUGUGAACUGGGCUGGGGGCCUGCACCAUGCGAAGAAGUCUGAAGCAUCUGGCUUCUGCUACGUCAAUGAUAUUGUGUUGGCCAUCCUGGAACUGUUAAAGUACCACCAGAGGGUGCUGUAUAUUGACAUUGACAUUCACCAUGGCGAUGGCGUGGAAGAAGCUUUCUACACCACAGAUCGGGUUAUGACAGUGUCCUUUCAUAAGUAUGGAGAGUACUUCCCGGGAACGGGGGACCUACGGGACAUUGGAGCUGGCAAAGGCAAAUACUAUGCUGUUAACUACCCACUUCGAGAUGGGAUUGAUGACGAGUCUUAUGAGGCCAUCUUCAAACCAGUUAUGUUCAAGGUAAUGGAGACUUUUCAGCCCAGUGCAGUGGUCUUGCAGUGUGGUUCUGAUCUGUCUGGAGACCGCUUAGGUUGUUUCAACCUGACCAUCAAACGCCAUGCCAAGUCUGUGGAGUUUGUCAAGAGCUUCAAUCUCCCCAUACUGAUGCUGGGAGGGGGUGGCUACACUAUUCAUAAUGUAGCCAGGUGCUGGACAUAUGAGACCGCUGUGGCCUUGGACACAGAGAUCCCCAAUGAACUUCCCUACAAUGAUUACUUUGAAUACUUUGGACCUGAUUUCAAACUUCAUAUCAGCCCAUCUAACAUGACAAACCAGAAUACCAAUGAGUACUUGGAGAAGAUCAAACAGAGGUUAUUUGAGAACCUUCAGAUGUUGCCACAUGCCCCUGGUGUCCAGAUGCAGCCCAUUCCUGAGGAUGGCAUGCAGGAGGACAGUGGAGAUGAGGAUGAGGAAGACCCUGAUAAACGCAUUUCAAUAUGUUCCUCAGACAAGAGAAUUGCAUGUGAAGAGGAGUUUUCAGACUCAGAUGAAGAAGGUGAGGGUGCUAGGAAGAAUUCAGCUAACUUCAAGAAGGCCAAGAGGGUCAAAAUGGAAGAGGAGAAAGAUCGAGAGCCAGAGGAGAAAAAAGAAGCAAAAGAGGAAGAGAAGUCAAAAGAAGAGAAACCUGAAGCCAAAGGGGUGAAGGAGGAGACCAAGUCAGCCUGAGUUCUCCAGCUUUCCUUGGGACCUGCAACCCACACCUCCUUCCCAUUUCCUUACCCUUACACCCUCAGAGUUUAUAUUUUCUAUAUGUCUCUCUAUUUAUAUAUAAAUAUAUGAAAUAGAACUGGCCCCAGAACACAGGAACCAGGGGGUUUGGCUGCCUGAUCCAGUGCCUUUGUUGCCCUGUAUACCUGAGCCCCAGGCAGGUAAAUCCAUUUCUUCUUUCCCUGUAUUAUUUUAAAGGCGCCCC